UCUUGCUGCUCUUCCCCCAGAUCUUUGCAACCCUGGUCCUUGACAUGGCACCUGGGAAGCCUGGCAAGAGCACGGGGACCUCGGAGGACCCUUCGGUUACACUUUUCCGGGAGUACCUGAGGAUUGACACGGUCCACCCGAAACCUGACUAUGAUGCAGCCAUCCAGUUUCUGGAGCACACUGGCACUGAACUGGGCUUGGCCUGCCAGAAAGUGGAGGUGUGCCAGGGCCGUGUGGUGCUGAUCCUGACCUGGCAGGGCACGAACCCUCGCCUGCGCUCCAUCCUGCUCAACUCCCACACUGACGUCGUGCCUGUCUUCGAGGAGCACUGGACCUACCCACCCUUUGAGGCUGUUAAGGACUCACAAGGCAACAUCUAUGCUCGGGGUGCCCAGGACAUGAAAUGUGUCUCCAUCCAGUACCUCGAGGCUGUCCGGAGGCUGAAAACAGAGGGAAAGUGUUUUGCUCGCACCAUCCACCUCACUUUUGUGCCUGAUGAGGAAGUGGGCGGACACAAGGGCAUGGAGAUGUUCGUGCAGCGCCCCGAGUUCAAAGCUCUCAACGUGGGCUUUGCCCUGGACGAGGGCCUGGCCAGCCCAUCUGACACUUUCAGUGUCUUCUAUGGCGAGAGAAGCCCAUGGUGGAUCAAGGUGAAGUGCGUGGGCAGCCCUGGGCAUGGGUCCCGCUUCAUCAGCAACACGGCGGCUGAGAAGAUGCAUAAAGUCAUCAACUCCUUCCUGGCCUUCAGGGAGAGCGAGAAGGAGAGGCUCAAGUCCGAUUCAAGCCUGACCCUAGGGGACGUCACCUCCCUCAACCUGACCAUGCUGGAGGGAGGUGUCUCCUUCAAUGUGGUGCCCUCUGAGAUGGCGGCUGGCUUUGACAUCCGCAUCCCACCCACUGUGGACCUGAAGGCCUUUGAGAAGCAGGUGGCCACGUGGUGUCAGGAUGCUGGCGACGGUGUCACCUAUGAGUUUCACCAGAAAUGCAUGGACCAACACGUCACCUCCACCGAGGAGUCAGACCCAUGGUGGAAAGCCUUCAGUGGGGUCUGCAGGGACAUGAAGCUGCAGUUCAAGCUCGAGAUCUUCCCUGCUGCCACCGACAGCCGCUACAUCCGUGCGGCAGGACACCCCGCUAUCGGCUUCUCACCCAUGAACCGCACCCCGGUGCUGCUGCACGACCACAACGAGUUCCUCAACGAGCAGGUCUUCCUGCGGGGCAUCGACAUCUACGCCCGCCUCCUGUCCUCCCUGGCAUCCGUGCCCCCUCUGCCCGCCGAGUCCAGAGUGACCCAGCCAUGGGCAGGAUGGGGGAUGCUGAGCUGCGGGGGUGCCCAGCUCUUUUAA